AGCAAUUCUGAUAUUUUCCAAAAUGCCCAGCCAAGAAACUCAUCUUAAGGUGAUAAAUGGCACCAAGGAAGACAUUACUGCAACUGCAGUAACCAUAGCAAAUCCAAAAGAUUGGGAAGAUAAGCAAGGUCCUGCUGGCAAUUUUCAAGGAGUUGGGAUUCCUGCAGGACAAUCAGUAGAAAGAAGAGAAGAAGUGAAUUAUUUUGCUUCUAAAUGUCCUUUCACCAUGAAACUUAUCUUUAACGAUCAGACCAUAGAUGAAUACACUAUUAAUAUGAAAUUUGCUAUUGGGAAAGCUCAACCUGAGUUUAGUCACAAAGGUGAUCGUGUUGUAAAUUAUGAUCAACAGGAUAAGUACAUUAUUAUUUCUGUGUAUGAUAAGGCUGUAGAAGAAAAAUAAUUUGCAUUAAGUGUAAUGAACCACUAAAUAAAUUCUUUAUUUGUUAGCAAAAAA